AUGCACGCACAAGCCGCCAUCCUCGCAGUGCUUGCCGGCGGCCACGCGUUCGCGCAGGUGCUGAAUCUCGAUCGCAUCAUCCCUCGCCAAAUCACAACCCCCAACACCACCACGGGCACCAGCGAUGCGCCCACGCCAACGUCACACUCGCCGGACUGUAUUACCUCCUACAAUUCACUCAAUUCUGCUGCCGCAACCCUACCUGUCAAUUUCACAGAUUCCAACAGCCUCACGUCAAUCUCGGAACUAGGCGAAAAUCUCACUGCGCUAUGCUACAGCCGCACGGCCAUACCGAGCAGCCUGUCCUCUGCCUACGUCGAGUUCAUCAGCGAGCGCUACUCAUUCUUUUCGGUGCAGAGCUCGAAUUUCAUCGAUGUCGCAUCCAAGUGCUCGAUUUGGAAGUCUCUUAUUACAGAAGACCCGGAACCCAAGUUGACCGCUUAUUCGAGCUUUCUCGGCGGAGCAUGCAAUGCCAACGCUACAGCUACAGCUACUACUAUUGCUACGGGUAAUGUGGCAGGAAACGGUAGUGUGGCAGGAAACAAGAACGCAUAG